UUAAAAAUUCACGCAGUUUUGCUAAUAAUAAAUAAGAAAACAAGUUUUAUUUUAAGAGAGAUUUAUGCAAAUUUGUAAAAAGUGAUUUAAUCAAUCUCACAAAGAAACCGCAUUUCACGCUGUUCCCUGUUAAUAAUGAGCAAAUUAUGAGAUAUUGAAAUUAGGUGGCUGUAAGUAAAACAGAAAACAUGUCUUUAUCGAAAAAAGAUCCCUCCUUACGUGUUGCUGCCAACGAUCCUCACUUGGUCAGCUUGGGUGGAGGUCGUUUGAGUACGGCUGUAACUAUACAUAAUAUACCGGUUGGAGAUUGUACUAUAGGUUCAUCUCCGCAGUGUUCUGUGUCAUUAAGUGGGGCUGGCGUGAGGCCCAUACACUGUACAAUAUAUCGCAGCGAAGAAAAUCAGGUAACGUUGGUACCGGAACGAAAUGCCCGCAUAUUAAUCGAUAACCAAUUGAUAAAGAACGAAAUUGAUCUUAGACAAGGAGCAAUGAUUACUAUUGGAGAUUCGUAUUAUUUACGUUACAACAAUCCUGCUGAGGCCUUGCAAAUGCGCUCAGCUAUGGGAGACAUUUCCGAAAAUGAUUAUUCUCAUGAUUUGGAUUAUUUUUAUGAAUCAAAUGUAAAUCCUACGUCAAAGGCUCGUCAAUCCGACAAGUCAACAUACAGUGAUUACGAUAAUUUGAAAAAAUCAGACACUUCUGUAGAUUUUAUGGGGUGGCAAUGUCCAAAAGUAUUCACUGCUGAUUUGGUUACAGUCAAUAUGCCUGCUAAAGAUGUUUUGGGUCAAAAAUAUGCCAGCUUUGCCAAAAAUCUGGCAGAAAAUCAUCGCAAAGAUAAAAAUAUAAAUGUACUUAAUGCCAGUGAUCACAUUUACAACAAUAUAACUCUUAACAACUCACUAUCCAAAAGCAAAGAGUUGCUCAACAAAGCUAACAACACGUCGACGCCGCUGAAAUCAAACGAUUUACAGCGUAAUGAUAGAGAUCCCUUAGAAGAUAUGCUGAAAAUAUGUACUGAGUAUACAGAUCGACAAGAUCGUUCAUAUACUGGCGGCAGUAGUAGUAUUACUUCAUCUCCUAUUGUGCAAAAUCGUAUUAAAACUAAUGGUUCCUUGCCUAGAGAUAAAAAGUCACCCUUUUAUCAGGAAUUGCAAAGCUCUUUUCAGGGCAGUAACAGUAGUCUUAGCCAAUCACCAAAAUCUUACCAGAAAUCAUCAUCGGGCUAUGAAAAUGUUCAACUUUUGCAACAAAAUCGCGUAGAAAUUGUAUCAACGAACAAGUCCUCUGGCUACGAAAACGUUAGAUUAGUGCCACAGAGUCCCCGCACUAAAAUUAGAACGAAUUGUAUGUCUCCGAAAAAGGAGGCUAAUAAUUCUAUUUUUAGCCAGGAUACAGGUCUAGAAAAGUCAACCACAAAUUAUGAGGACUUGAUAAAGUCGUUUGAAGAAAAAUUUCAAAAGGAAAUAGAUGCCAUAGAGGAAAGUUCAAGAUCUGUCCCAAAUUCAAAAAAAUCAUUUUCAAACAAUUCUUCACCCGCUGCCACUAAAAGAACCAAUAAGAACAUCAAUAAUCUUACGAUAGACAUCAAAUCAUUCGUCUCUCCCUACAAUUCACCAACACCGCUUAAGAAGCCCACUCCAGCACCACGAAAAAUAAACAAAACAAAAGCUCUUGGCACAGGAAGCUUAUCAAAUUUACUUCACCAUCAAUCUCCCCAUGAUCAAUUGCAUAAAGAACGAGAAGAUCUGCUGCAAAGAAUACAAUGCCUUAAAACAGAAUUGAGUUCAUUACAAAAGCAAGACAAUGAAACGCUAAUCGAAAUGGAUAUGGAGAAUGCUUUGGUAUUGGCCGAAUUACAAUCACUAACAGCAAAUAAACAAAAACUGCAGGAUGAGUACCAAGCAUUACAGCAAAAGAUCCAUAGAUUAGAGGCCCAACGUAAUGCCACUAGAGUAAUGGAAGAGAACCAACAAUCUAAGCUUAAAUACAGCAUUGAAAUGAAACAAGAUCAAGUGGAAAAACUUAAAGAGCUUCUGAAGCAAAAACCAGACAAUUUGUGCUUAAAGGAAGAGCUAUUAAAUGUUCGGGAGUCUUUGGAAAAUGAUAAAAAGUCCUUUGAAGACUUGGAAUUUCAAUAUUUGGAAGGAGAGUCCGAGUGGCAGGCUUACCGUGAAGAUUUGAAUUCGGAAGAGCAGACCAUAACUAAAAAAAUUAAAGAAUGCCAAUUGUCCAUAGAAAAUUUGGAGAAACAGGAGAUAAAUUCCACCAUCAGCACCAGUGCAAAACAGCGUAGACUAAGUAAUCACUUAAUUUCUCUUAUUAAAGACUUACAACAAUGUGAGGAACAAUUUAAACAUUUGGAGAAAAAACUGUCCUUAAAAAUCAGUUCAAAUUCUUCGCUAUCCGAACAAGAAGAUGACCAAAAUCCUUCUAACAUCCUUGGAUCACAGGGUCAAAUAACACAGUCCUUAUUUGGUUCUACGGAAAUGCUGUGCCCCAAAGUGCAUACCGAAGACUUGAUGUCCAAAAGUGUCAAUGAAAACAUGUUUUAUAACAAUAAAAUUGAGUUCCUUUCUUCAAGUGGGCUAACAGCUAACAAAGCAAAAGGCUCCAAAGAUAGUUUGGAUUCAAAAGAUGUCAAUUGUAAAAUGUAUGGUACCAUCAAAGAGAUUGAAAGACAGCGUCAAUUAUUAACCACACAAAAGGGGCUACGGGAUUUGGAUUAUGAAAGGAGAAAAAUAGAAGAUCUCUUAAAGAAACUAAACUCGGAAACAAAACAACAGAUCAUACCGACAAAUCGAAAAGAAACAACAACAACAACUGAAUGUAAGCCAUCGAUAGUGCAUUAUCAGAAACAAAGCUCACAAAAAGAUGAUUCCUUGAGUCCUGCAUACACUAGCACGCCUCCUCUAUCUGCCGCUAGUUCCGAUCCCUCUAAUAAACUAUCUCCAAACGUUGUUCAUAAAUCCAUCAACGAAUUAAGCAUAUCCUCACCCGAUAGUCCUAGAAGCUUCUACAUAGACGAUAAACGUUCCAGCAGCGUGCUAUCUAAUGAUCUUUCCUCUCAGGGUGACAGUUCCAGCAUAUCAUGCGAACGCAAGAAAUCACACCAGCCAAAACAGCAAAGACCACUAACGCGUUAUUUGCCCAUAUUCGCCGAAGAUUUGAAUCUUAAGCGUCACAUAGAAUCUGCCGGACAUCCCAUAUCUCUUUGCCCUCAUGUGUUUUUGGACGCCUACAGCUGUCGUGGCUAUCUUCAUAAGUUAGGCUCAACGUUUCACGCCUGGUCAAAGCGUUGGUUUGUUUUAGACCGGCAACGUAAUGCCUUAAUAUACUAUGCCGAUAAAUCGGAACGCAAGCCGAGAGGAGGAGCAUAUUUCUCCUCAAUUGAUGAGGUCUACAUGGAUCAUUUGAAUGUCUCAAAAAGUAGUCGACCUCAUUCUACAUUUAUAGUGAAAACAAAAAAGAGAAGUUAUUACUUGCAAGCAGCCUCAGACACAGCGGCCAGAAUAUGGAUAGAUGUGAUUAUAACCGGGGCUCAAGGUAACAUAGACUAUUGAACACAAUUAACUUGUAUUAAUAAAAAUACACUGUAACAAUUCCAUUUUAAUUUACACAUUAUACUUUUAUUAUUAAUUAAGUUUUAUUUACCUAGAAUUUUUAAGGUAUUAUUGUUUUUUUUUAUAAAAAUCACAAAAUCGUAUCAAAAUAGUUUGAUACUUUUUUUGGAUAGAUAGUUUUAAAAUCCUAAUCUGUUAACCAGUAACAACUGCUCAACAAUAUACAAAACCGUUUAUUAAAUAAGCAAUAAAUAUGUAUAUCAACACAAAAUUUUAAUUUAUUAUAAAUGCCAAUCAAAUGUGAAUUAAAGACAUUUACAACUCCACCAUUCCCAAUAAAUUUCUAAUUAAGAAAAUUCCAAAUUGUUAAUUAAAUAUGUAAUUUCUAAUUUAACUUAAGAUGAAUUGAAAUAUUUUGAAAAUGUUUAGGUUUUAUCGUAAAAAAAUAUGUUUAAAUUUAAUUAAGAUGGGAUUUAUCACAAAUAUAAACCUUCCCGCUCAAAACCCACGAACUUGCUCAGAACUCUAUACAAAGUAUUCCUGCAUAGUUUUAAAAGUAUUAUGUUUCUAUUUAAAUGUGCCUAAUUUUCUAAACAAAUGGUGAUUACUAACUACUACUAAAUACAUAUAAACAAUUAUUUGUAUCAUUAUUUUUCUUCAUUUCCAGCCCAAAGUUAAAAGUUAAUUAUUAAUUUUGAAAAUUUACUUAAUCUGUAACUAACUACAUACUUUAAUUUUUAAAAAUCACCGACAAAUGUAUGUACAUAUAUAUAGAAAACAAAAAGUUUGUUAAAAUUGUUGUAAUAACCGAACAUCAAUUUGUUUAAAUAAUUACAUAGUAAAAAUACACUUAGUUGAAAUGCAUAUUAAAAGAGAAAUUAAAACAAUAAAAAACUGUUUGAAACAAA